AUAAAUGUCAUCGAACACCCCAACCAACCCUGCCCUUGAUGCAUUCCAUUCCCGAUCCACUACCCUCAACUACAACUCCUUUUCCUCCUUAUUUUUUCCUAACUGACCUCUUAAAUUGUUGAACCACCUAUCACCUUAUAUAUAAUUAAGAAUCUGACUUCCACCUCGUACUUUCGUUUUUCUGAUUGCCUCACUGUUUGCUUUACGCAACUGUAUAACAACUUGUUAUCCACUCAUCUACUACCAUUUUCGUCUUAAAUCCCUUGCGUCUAUUAUUGAACAGCACUAAUUUGUAUGCCAAAGUGGUUUCAUUUGAUCAUCAUACCUGGUUUCCUCCCAAAUAACCAUGGUUCAUGUCUUCAUAUGAAGAGCUAGCUCAGACACACAACGCGGAUCCGGAAGUAAAAAACAAGUAUGUGGCGGCUUAAGAUUGCGGAUGGAGGGAAUGACCCCUACAUAUACAGCACAAAUGACUUCAUAGGGAGACAAACUUGGGAAUUCGAUCCGGAAGCAGGGACACCGGAAGAGAGACAAGAAGUAGAAGAGGCUCGCCUCCAUUUCUACCGGAAUCGCUACAAAGUCAAGCCUAGUGCCGACUGCCUUUGGCGAAUGCAAUUCCUGAGGGAGAAGAAGUUCAAACAAGAAAUUGGUGCAGUAAAGAUAAAGGAGGGGGAGGAAAUAUCACAAGACAAGGCGAGGAUAGCAUUGAGAAGAGCAGUUCACUUCUACUCAGCGUUGCAAGCAAGUGAUGGACACUGGCCAGCUGAAAACGCAGGACCUUUGUUCUUCCUUCCACCGCUGGUAAUGUGUUUAUACAUAACAGGACAUUUGGACCAAGUAUUCCCUGAAGAACACAAGAAAGAAAUACUUAGAUACAUAUACUGCCAUCAAAACGAAGAUGGUGGGUGGGGAUUGCAUAUAGAGGGCCAUAGCACCAUGUUCUGCACUGCUCUCAGCUAUAUCUGUAUGCGUAUUCUUGGAGAGGGCCCAGAUGGUGGUCUCAACAAUGCUUGUGUUAGAGGCCGCAAGUGGAUUCUUGAUCAUGGUAGUGUCACCAACAUACCCUCUUGGGGAAAGACGUGGCUCUCGAUACUUGGUGUUUAUGAUUGGGCUGGAAGCAACCCAAUGCCGCCAGAGUUUUGGUUACUCCCUUCGUUUCUACCAAUGCACCCAGCAAAAAUGUGGUGCUAUUGUCGAAUGGUUUAUAUGCCCAUGUCCUACUUGUAUGGAAAAAGAUUUGUGUGCCAAAUCACACCACUCAUACAAGAAUUGAGACUGGAACUUCACGCCCAACCUUUUGAUGAGAUAAACUGGAAGAAGACCCGGCAUCUGUGUACAAAGGAGGAUGUAUACUACCCGCAUCCCUUGAUGCAAGAUCUACUAUGGGAUAGCCUUUACAUCUGCACUGAGCCGCUUCUUACUCGUUGGCCAUUCAACAAGCUGGUUAGGGAGAAGGCUCUUCAAGUCACCAUGAAGCAUAUCCAUUACGAAGAUGACAACAGUCGAUACAUUACCAUUGGUUGUGUUGAAAAGGUACUCUGUAUGCUAGCUUGUUGGGUGGAAGAUCCUGAUGGGGAUUACUUCAAAAAGCAUUUGGCAAGGAUCCCCGAUUACAUAUGGGUUGCUGAAGACGGUAUGAAGAUGCAGAGUUUUGGUAGUCAAGAGUGGGAUACGGGUUUUGCCAUCCAAGCUUUGCUUGCGGCUGAUAUGGCAGACGAAGUUGGACCUGUAUUAGCCAGAGGACAUGACUUCAUUAAAAAGUCUCAGGUUAAGGACAACCCCUCUGGUAACUUCAAGACCAUGCAUCGACAUAUUUCGAAAGGAUCUUGGACUUUCUCUGAUCAAGAUCAUGGAUGGCAAGUUUCUGAUUGUACUGCAGAAGCUCUGAAGUGUUGCCUUCUUUUCUCACUGAUGCGCCCAGAGAUUGUAGGCGACAAAAUGGAAGCUCAGAGGUUAUACGAUUCCGUGAAUGUCUUACUUUCUUUACAGAGUAAGAAUGGAGGUUUGGCAGCCUGGGAACCUGCAACCGGUCAAAAAUGGCUAGAAAUGCUGAAUCCGACGGAGUUCUUUGCAGACGUAGUGAUUGAGCACGAGUAUGUAGAGUGCACAGCAUCGGCAAUCCAGGCUCUGAUAUUGUUCAAGAAGCUACACCCUGGGCACCGGAAGAAGGAGAUUGACAACUUCAUUCAAAACGCUGUACGCUACCUUCAAGAUAUACAAAUGCCCGAUGGCUCUUGGUACGGUAACUGGGGAGUUUGCUUUACGUAUGGUUGCUGGUUCGCACUUGGCGGUCUGGUGGCUGCCGCCAAAACUUUUAACAACUGCGCAGCCAUUCGCAAAAGCGUACAUUUCCUUUUGAAUAUUCAGAUGCCCGAUGGUGGUUGGGGAGAGAGCUACCUCUGCUGCCCGAGUAAGAAAUAUGUGCCCCUUGAAGGAAAGCGCUCCAAUUUGGUUCAAACAGCGUGGGCUAUGAUGGCCCUCAUUCAUUCAGGACAGGCGGAAAGGGACCCUACACCUCUUCACCGUGCAGCUAAGCUGUUAAUAAACUCGCAAACCGAAGACGGAGAUUUUCCUCAACAGGAAAUAACUGGUGUUUUCAUGAAGAACUGUAUGUUACAUUAUUCAGCUUACAGAAACAUAUAUCCGCUAUGGGCUUUGGCUGAAUACAGCAAACGAGUCAAAUUGGCUUCUACUUCCCCUUAGUUUUAUAAAUAUGCUCUUUUCUUGUACCCUCUUUCGGAUUUUGAUAAAUAUGAUUUAGCACGUGCCUCCAGUAAUUCCUAUAUAUUUCUUCCA